AUAAACUACCAUUACCAAGAAACAAUCAGUGUAUUAUAUAUCUUACUCAAACUCAACCUUUUAUUUGUACACAGAAGAAAGCUAAAACCAAAGAACCAUGCAGUUUCUCUGGUUCACCUUAGCAAGUUUUGUAGUUCUACUAUCAGUUUCACUCACCACUUCAGUUCCAAUUGAAGAAGCUUUCAACCAUUGCCUAAAACUCCAUUCUCAAACUCCUAACCAGUUUUCCUCUUCAAUCUACACUUCUACCAAUGGUUCCUUCACUUCCAUCCUUGAGUCCACUGCCCAAAAUCUAAGGUACUUGUUGCCCUCAUUGCCAAAACCAGAUUUCAUAUACACCCCUCUUGAUGACUUUCAAGUCCAAGCAGCGGUGAUUUGUGCAAAACAGCUUGGUAUUCACAUGAGAGUGAGAAGUGGGGGACAUGACUAUGAAGGGCUCUCUUAUGUUUCCCUUAUUGAGAAGCCAUUCAUGGUCCUGGACUUGGCCAAACUUCGUGCAGUGAAUGUUGAUAUCGCGCACAACACGGCUUGGAUCCAAGCUGGGGCCACUAUUGGUGAAGUGUAUUACAGAAUUUCGGAGAAAAGUUCUGUCCAUGGCUUCCCUGCAGGGCUUUGCACAACCUUGGGAAUUGGAGGGCACAUCACAGGAGGUGCAUAUGGUUCCAUGAUGAGAAAGUAUGGUCUUGGUGUUGAUAAUGUUCUAGAUGCUAAAAUUGUUGAUGCUAAUGGGAGGGUUCUUGAUAGAGCAGCCAUGGGGGAGGACCUAUUUUGGGCGAUAAGAGGAGGUGGAGGAGGAAGCUUUGGAGUUAUUCUGUGGUGGAAGAUCAAGCUGGUUCCUGUGCCACAAACUGUGACUGUUUUCACAGUGACCAAGACCCUUGAACAAGGAGGGAACAAGGUUCUUCAUAGAUGGCAGACAAAGGCUACAAAGAUUGAUGAAGAUCUUUUCAUCAGAGUGCUCAUUCAGCCAGGGAAUGGCAGUGUUCCAGGCCAGAGAACAGUAACCACAUCUUACAAUGCUCUCUUUCUUGGUGGUUCUGAUAGGCUUCUCCAAGUGAUGAAACAUGGUUUUCCUGAGUUGGGUUUGACAAGAAAAAAUUGUGUGGAGACUAGCUGGAUCAAAUCUGUGCUCUACAUUGCUGGCUACCCAGAUGGAACAGCCCCAGAAGUUUUGCUCCAAGGGAAGCCCACAUCAAAGGCUUACUUCAAAGCCAAAUCAGACUUUGUAAGGGAAGUGAUCCCAGAGAAGUCCCUGAAAACCCUUUGGAAAAUUUUUCUGCAGGAAGAUGGCCCCCUAAUGAUUUGGAACCCCUAUGGAGGCAUGAUGAGCAAGAUUGCAGAAUCUGCCACCCCUUUCCCUCACAGAAAGGGAGUUCUCUACAAAAUUCAGUAUGUAACAGGAUGGCUUGAUGGAGAAAAGAGUAUGGCAAAGCACAUGAGCUGGAUGAGGAAAUUUUACAUCCACACAACUCCCUAUGUUUCCAAGUAUCCAAGAGAAACAUAUGUGAAUUACAGAGACUUGGAUAUAGGGAUGAACCAGAAGAAUAACACAAGUUUUGUCAAGGCUUGGUCAUGGGGUUAUAGGUAUUUCAAGGGUAACUUCAACAGGUUAGUGAAGGUGAAAACUAAAGUUGAUCCAUCUAAUUUCUUUCGGCAUGAACAGAGUAUCCCUCUUUUGCCAACUGCUAAGAGAGGGUAGAAGCCAUUAGCAUAAUAAGCUAGAUAGAUCAAAGGGGUAUGCCACUGUAUUAUGGCUAGAAUGCUAGAUCAAUAUGAAAAUUGUGGUUAAAUCUGUUUGUGUUCUUCAUUUCCACACAUAUGUUUGUGUUCUUCGUUUGAAUCUGCUCAAAUAAUAUGCGCAUUAACAAUUA